AUGGCUCGAAAGCUCAUUGAGCGUCUCCUUCGACCCAUUUUGGCUUGGAUUCACAUCUUCGCCUUCAUCAAUGGCUUCCGCAACAACUCUAACUUCGCAUACUUUGUUGCCUUCUGGUACAUCUGGGGCUGGAUCAGCACUUAUAGCAGCUUCAUCCGUCGCUUUCCUUAUGUUGCGCGUCACAUCUGGGCUUGCUUUCUGCUCGACAAUGCUCAUCCCAUUCUCGAUCUCUACGCUUGGCUGACCCUGUCGACUGAGGCCUGGGGCACUCGCAAUGAGAAUGCCUAA